UCAGGAUAGAAGGGGCAGGGAGGUGGAGUAAAAAGACAGAAUUUAUGAGGCUGGUCAAUAGCAGCAGCAGCAUCAAUCUUUUCAAGAAGGUAGGGGAACUCCUGCGAUCCAACCCUCUUCUGGCUACCUUUGUUUCUCUUAUUCAGUAAUCCAGCUGGACUCCUAGCUGCACGUCACCUGAAAAAAUUGGGGAUACCCACAGCACGGAACCGGCAGAUCGUCGGCACCAACCUGCCUCUGACCUCAGGAGCGCAGCUUUUUGUUGUUGUUGUUGUUGUUGUUUUUGGAGAAGAGGAGGAAGACUCGCACCUGAGAGCCCGAAAGGCAGAAAGAAAGCGAGCGCGAGAGAAAGCGCGAGAGAUCGGGGAGGGAGCGAACAAAGAGGCUUUGAGGAUGCUCUAACGAUGCCGCGGGCGGCCACUCGUCCUCACGGAGCCUUCUGGGAAGGGCGUUGCUGGCCGAAAUGAUGCUCCAAAUCUUUCCUCGGCGCGCCAAGCAGAGAGACCGGAGGCAAAACACAACCUAAGCCUAGGAGCGCUCCGGAGCAAAAGAAACCAUCCCGUGAAAGGGAUCAAGUCGGGUUCGGGAAGGGCCUAAAGCAGGAGAGCGCCGUACGAAAGCUGCGCGUCGGAGGAUGGCCGGUCCACCUGCCUCGUCGCUCCUGGUGGCGGUCGUGUGGCUGCUGGCGUUAAAAGGCGCCCACCCCUCCUGGGGAAGGCAGGGCGAAAGCCGGUCUGCGGCAUCCCUGGACGGGGAGCCCUGCUGGGUUAGCAAAGCCAGAGCCGCCACUCUCCCACAGCACCCUUAUGCGAGCUACCCGCGUCCGACUGUGGGAGCGUCGGCGUCGGCGGGGCACAGAACGGCGCCCUCGAGGCUCCGCCGCGCUCCCAGUUCCGACGGGAGCAGCGUGGAAGACACGUGGGAAGAGAGCAACGUUUUCCCGCUACGCCAAAGCGCAAAAGCCGGCCCUUCUGCCCCAGCUGCGGAUUGGGCGCCGGAUUCCGUCGCGGCGCUUUACUUCUCCGGCAGAGCCGAGCAACUACUGUUGCGGCCGGGAGCCGUCGCCGAGCUGCCCCGUGGCGAAUUCACCAUCGAAGCUUGGGUGAAGCCCGAGGGGGGGCAGAGCAAUCCGGCCAUUAUCGCAGGUGUAUUUGACAAUUGCUCUCACAUUGGCAGUGAUAAGGGGUGGACUUUGGGCAUCCGUUCAGAGGAGAAUCCUGAAAGAAAGAAUGCCCGCUUCUUCUUCUCACUCCGUACAGACCGUAUCAAGAAAUCUGCCACUAUAUUGGCAUAUCACCGUUACCAGCUCCAUACAUGGACUCAUGUGGCGGCCACUUACAGUGGGAAGGAGAUGCUUCUAUACAUCAAUGGCAGGCGGGUAGCUCGCAGUUCCCAGCAGUCUGGUGACCUUCACAGUCCCUUUAUGGCCUCGUGCCGCACUUUGAUCCUGGGAGGCAGCAACUCAGACGGACUCAACUUCCGAGGCUACCUGGCUCUGCUAGCCCUUUGGAACAUUGCUAUGCCCCAAGAGAAACUUCAGAGGGCCUUCCUGGGAAAGUUUGAAGACAGAGAACUUUCCUUAUUGCUCAGUGCAAAGUUAAGCCAUUUGCAGCAGCAGUGGGUAACAUUCAAGGAUGGAGUCUACCCACAAGUAGAGAUGAUAUAUAGACCAGAACCUCAAGUUCUGUCUCCACUUAUACCCCCACUCUGUGGACAGACUGCCUGUGAUAAUGUGGAAUUGAUAUCUCAUUACAACAGCCACUGGCCACUACGGAAUGAGAAAGUAGUUCACUAUCGGGUUGUCAAUAUCUAUGAUGAUGAUGGUCUCCAUCCUACUGUGAGUGAGGAACAGAUCGCCCACCAGCACCAAGCCCUGAAUGAGGCCUUUGGCCGCUAUAACAUCACUUGGCAAAUUAGAAUUCACAAAGUAUACAAUUCAUUGCUCCGCUACCGUGUGAUUCUAAUGAACUGUGAGCCAGGAAAAAUUGGCAACGAGUUUUGCAAUCCUGAGUGCAAGCACCCGUUGACAGGCUACGAUGGUGGUGACUGCCGUUGGCUGGGGCGCUGCUAUAUCUGGGAGCGUCGGGAUGGUGUUUGCAACAUGGAGUGCAACAAUAUGCUCCACAAUUUUGAUGAUGGAGACUGUUGUAACCCCAAAGUAACUAAUGUAAGGAAAACUUGCUUUGAUCCAGAUUCUCCACAAAGGGCCUAUAUGAGCAUGAAGGAACUUAAGGAGGUCCUUCAGCUGAACAGCACACACUUUGUCAAUAUCUAUUUUGCCAGCUCCGUGCAAGAAGAGCUAGCUGGUGCUGGCACCUGGCCCUGGGACAAGGAUGCCCUCAGCCACCUGGGUGGAGUAGUUCUAAAUCCAGCUUACUACGGGAUGCCAGGUCAUACAAAUACUAUGAUCCAUGAAAUAGGACACGUCUUGGGACUCUAUCAUGUCUUUAAGGGUGUGGAUGAAAAAGACUCCUGUGAUGAUCCAUGCAGGGAGACAACACCAUCCAUGGAAACUGGAGAUCUCUGUGCCGACACCGCACCAACACUCAAAAGCAAAGUCUGUCAGGAUCCAGAACCUAUCAAUGACACCUGUGGCCAUACCGCUUUCUCUGGAACUCCCUUCAGCAAUUAUAUGAGCUACACAGAUGAUAAUUGCACAGACAGUUUUACUCCAAAUCAAGUGGCACGAAUGCAUUGCUAUCUGGAUCUGGUGUACCAGCAGUGGACUCAGAGCAGGAAACCCACUCCUGUCCCUUUGCCGCCGAUGGUAGUUGGUCAGAGCCAGGAUAUGCUCACCAUACACUGGUUACCUCCCAUUAGUGGAAUGCUUUAUGAAAGAGAGUCAGGGAACCUCUGCGGAAAUUGUGCUGAAGAUGGAACUUUCAGCCAGUAUGUACAUGAAGCCUCUUCUCCUCUAAUCUGUGACUCUUCUGGCUAUUGGACUCCAAAGGAGGCAGUAGGUCCUCCAGAUGUAACUCAACUCUGUGAAACCAGUUUGCAGGCCUGGAGCCCUGAAUUUAAUCUGUUUAAUGUGAGCAUGGCCACUCCUUGCCUUAAGCCUCUUGGUUGCAUUUUGGAGCUCUACUUUCUAUAUCCUGUGUAUUCUGACUCUUUGCUGAUAUGGACCACAAAUUUCUCCACCAAUUCCAAAGCGCUGUCAGACAUUGAGAUCCUGACAGAGCAGGGGGAUUCUGUACACCUUGGACCAAUGGAUACAUUCUGUGACAUUCCCCUCACAGUGAAACUGAACUUAACCAAGAAGGUGUCUGGCAUAAAGAUUUAUACAUUUGACGAGAAGAUGGAGAUAGAUGCUGCACAGUUGAUCUCCACACCACACAGUCUCCUUUGUUCAAACUGCAAACCUGUGAGAUACAGAAUUCUCCGGGACCCCCCAUUCCAAGAUGGAUCCCCAGCAAUGGUGAUGCAGCCAGGAAGAAUGUUUAUUGACAAGGAUGUCACAAUAGGCCAGCAAUAUGAAUACCAAGUACAGGCUAUAGCAGGAGCUGCUAUAAGUGAACCCUCCCCGUCUCUGUUCCACAUCCAUGGCUCGUCCUACUGUGGGGAUGGGCAAGUAAGCAGGAGUCUUGUAGAGGAGUGCGAUGAUGGAAACCUAUUAGAUGGGGAUGGUUGCUCUAGAAACUGUAAAAAAGAAAGAGGAUACCAUUGUAUUGGUGAACCAAGUCUAUGCUAUGUCCACGAAGGUGAUGGCAUUUGUGAGCCGUUUGAGGAAAGGAACAGCAUUGCAGAUUGUGGUCUCUUCACCCCAAAAGAUUAUGUGGAUCAGUGGGCAUCAGAUGCCUAUGCAUCCCACCAAGAUGAGAAAACAUGUCCAGCCUCUAUGGUGAUUGGAGAACCUCUUGUGAAGGUGUGCAGGCCCCAUCAUCAAGAGAUCCUGGAGAGUGAAUCACAGCUGGCUUGGUUUCCUUGUAUGAAAAAUGAUGUUCUUCAGGACACAGACAUGGAGAAAGCUCAUUUGAAUGACAGAAUUUGGCUGAAAGUGUGUUUCAGCCAGCCCAGAAUGGCUACUUCACUCUUUGUUUUCCUGGCAUCUGUGGGCACUUCCAAUGGUGACCAUCUCAAACCAUCCAUGACAAUACACUUGGGUGACAUCAAUGGUCACAACCAUUUCCUUGCUACAUCAGAGCUGUCAUGUCAGCAGAAUCCCCUGGUCAUCAACAUGACUGGAAAAAUUGCCUCCCACCAAAUCACCUAUGCCUUGUUCAACUUCUCCUCUCUCUCUGUGAGCAUCUCUGCAGUGGCUUUGCGAACCCAUUUGCUAUUUGACACUUCCAGCCCAAGUAAUUGUCUCCCAGAGCAUGAAGGUCAUGGCUGCCAGAGACACAGCUGCACCCAACAUACCUGCAGGGAGAAGGGAAGCUGUGUGCUUCCACAGAUCCAUCAUGCUACUCUUGCAAACUGUAGCUCCAGUAGUCGAGGCCACCUAGAAUGUGCUACUUCUUGUGAAAAAGGUUUUGUUCUCCAUGUUAAACAUGGACAAUUGCUGCGCCCAGCACAGAAAGAAAUCUUGCUGACUUGUCUCUCUGGUCACUGGGACAGAUCAGUGACAUGUAACCCUAUUGACUGCCAAUUUCCAGACCAAUCUCACGUUCUUUAUGCAGAGUUUUCCUGUCCCAAAGGAACAACGUUUAUGAAGAGAUGCUUCCUUUCCUGUAUCAAGCCAGCAAAACUCCAAGGAAUUAAUCAGUGGAUCACCUGCCUGGAAGAUGGGCUCUGGUCACUUCCAGAAGCUUACUGCAAACUGGAGUGUGACUCUCCAGGCCCAAUUGCCAACGCUGAGCUGCUGGUGCCUCGAUGCAAGCAAGGAAAUCAUGACGUAGGAUCUGUUUGUCGCUACAAGUGUAAGCCUGGAUACCACGUAGCAGAAACAAAAGAGGAAAAGCCCAGGAAAACAUUUUUGAAUAUCCACUGCCUUGAAACUGGCUUCUGGGAGGAUGGGAGCUGCGUUCCUGUGGUUUGUAAACCACCCCCACCAGUCUUUGAAGGAAUGUACAACUGCACCAAUGGCUUUGAGCUUGACAGUCAGUGUAUUCUUAGCUGUGGUCCACAGAGUAAGACGCUUUCCAUUCUUUGCACUAAAAAUGGCUUGUGGACAGAGGAAUUUAAAUUAUGUGAAGAACUGCAGGGAGAUUGUGCACCCCCACAGGAGCUUAAUUCAGUGGAAUACAAGUGUCAGCAAGGUUAUGGAAUUGGAGCUUCAUGCACACCUUCCUGUUUGUUUCUACCUAGAGAUCCUGUGACAUUGCCUGAAAAUGUCACUGCUGAUACCAUGGACCACAGACUGAAUCCUAUUAAAGUCCAGAGUAUUGUGUGUACUGGAAGACUGGAAUGGUAUCCUAACCCAAAAUCUAUUCAUUGUAUUAUUUCUUGUGAGCCUUUCCAUGCCGAUGGCUGGUGUGAUACCAUCAACAACCGAGCCUAUUGUCAGUAUGAUGGUGGUGACUGUUGUUCCUCCACAGUCUCCUCAAAGAAGGUUGUUCUGUUUCCCAAUGGCUGUGAUCAGGACGAGUGCACCUGCCGGGAUCCAGCAGCAGAAGAAAAUCAGUAGCCCGCUGCAGCAGCCACCAGGACACGUUGUGCUGCCAAGGCUCAAAUUGGAGGAAAUUACAAAGGCUUGAGGGAAAGCAUAAAUAGGAGACAGCAAAGGCUGAAGAAAAGGAUUCAGGGGAAGUCUGGUCAUAAAGGUCCUGCACUUGAUGUGUAAGUGCAUAAAGGAGAAAGGAAAUUUUGAAGAAAGAGGUGGAGAAGAGAGCGAGAAAAUGAAACACCCUUACCAUAUUUGGUCAACUUCUUUUCCAUCAGAACUGAAAUACAGUAUCAUCUUGUCAGGUCUGCUGGCAAACUGGAUCUGAACCAAGCCUCAAGGCUACCUUCCAUGCCGCAUCAAUGGCUUGCCACCUAAACUGUGUCUUUGCUCUGACGUUUUAUUGGUGUGCGCCUCUCUAGAGCUUGAUUUAGCAAAGUGGAGAGGGAAAUGUGAUCUGUCUGCAAAUAUUUAAACAUAAUUUUAUUACAAAUCUAUAUAAUAUUUUUACUUGCUGUAUAGUAAACUAAAUCAUGCUGCUGUGAAAUACACUACAUUAGAAAUGUGGGAUCAUAUAAUGAACAUUCCCAGAAAUCCAGCAGAAUUCCAAUGGGGCCCUUCUAAAUAUCUAAAUGAAGCAGUAAUUGCUCCCCCCCAAAAUUAUGUCACACUAAACUGCAGAGUUAAAGUCAUGUAUGAGAAUGCUCUGACCGUCAUAUCUGCCUACACUUGUACCACAAAGAAGCCAUUCCUGAUUUUUUUACUGGGCAUAUAUAAAUACCCAUUCCUCUAUUUCCUAAGCAGCAUUACAAGUAGUAACCUAAAGAAAUGAAAGGCAUAUGAUACAAGGGGAAAAAAACACAUAAAGCUUAAUGUAUUUUUAAACUACACCAGUUACUAUACUUCUUCAUCCAUUUCUCUCCUUCCAAAUCACUCUGACUUCUUCUGUGUCAUACACUGCUCUAUUCUGCUGACUUCUUCUGGGAUGUUUCUUCUGUCAUUCUGAACUCUCACUUCCUUAAUAACAAAGAAGGCAGAAGCAUCCUAUUAAACAAAACAUUUGACAAACGUUUAUUCCACACAACAGACCAAAUACUUGCCAUUAUCUUUUCAUCUAUUAUCUUUUUUUAAAAAAAAAUAUUUUUUUUAUUUUUUUUCCAACAUAAACAUAAAAUAUAUCUUUCAAGAGCGAAGUUUCGAUCCAGUCAUAGAUAGGUACAAUCACUUAAAUUUUAAAAAGCUCCAUUCACAAUUUCCCAUUACAUCUUUUAAAAUUAAAAAUCAUAACAUAAUUUUUUUUUAAUAUAAAUUCUAAUAUCUUAAUCAGAACCAUUCUAUUAUAUCACCACCAAUUUAAUUUCCAAAAAAAAGCUUAAUUCAUUUUUAUAUCCAUUUAUAAAUUCAAUUAUAUCUGGUUCUUUCCCAAGCUCCCUUCAUUACACCUUUUAGCAUCAAUAUCAAAACAUAAAGUUUAAAAAAUAUUCUAAUCUCUUAAUCUGAUUAUUUACCUUACAAUUUUAUCACCACACAUCUGUUUCAAGUUGACUAUAGCUCUAUUUUUUAUUUCAAUUUAUAAGUCAAAAUUCUAUCCAUAUUUCUUAAUCUCUAAACCCCUUCAUCAAAUCUUUAAAUCUUAGACUUUAUUAAUUUACCUUUAAUUUUACACAUUUCAUAUUACACCAAUUUAUCUCAAAAUCCAUAUCCUCCUCCAUAACUCCUACUAUUAUUUAGCUGAUUUCCAGCAUUUUUUAUUUUGGCUGAUUUACAGCAUAUUCUCCUCCAUACCUCCCACUUUUGUUUGGCUGAUUUCCAGCAUAAUCUCCUCCGAACCUACCACUGUUAUUUGGCUGAUUUCCAGCAUAUUUUAUUUUUGCUGAUUUCCAGCAUAUUCUCCUCCAAAUCUCCAUCUUUUGUUCGACUGAUAUUAGCAGCGUGCUUACCUCCACUCCUGCACCUAUUAUUUUUGCUGUUUUAUUUUAACUGAUUCACAGCAUAUUACAUAAGUAACUUUUUCAGCGUAUUCUCCCAUAAUUUUUAACUAAACAUGUAUUUCAACAAGUCUCUUCUCACAUAUUUUCUCCUGGAUUGUAAAUUUCCCUUAAAGUCAUCCCUCUUCAUAUUUAUUCUUUUUUUUUCUAUAAAAACAACAUUUUUAUCCACCUUAAAAUCAAUUUCCUCUAAUUAUUAAGUCUAUAGAUAACUCUUAUUAAAAUUCAAAAGUUCAUUUAAAGAUUUAAAACAUUUUUAAAAAAUCAUAUUCUCAUUCAAUCAUUUGUAGUCUUAUUUCAUGACCAAAUUAGUAUAUGUAUAUUUAUGUAGUAAAGUUUAAAAGGAAUGGAAAUAAAAAGUAAGAAAGGAAAUAGAGAGAGAAGAGAGACAGUAAAGAGAAAGAGAAAAAGAAUAACAAAGAAAAAAGAAAAAAAAGAAAAGGAAAAAAGAGAGAAAGAAAACACAUCAAUAUUCAAACUUUGAAUAGGCAUUAAACAUUAUAUUUUCAUUUUAAUCAAACUAUGUUGUUUUUCUUAUCUUGCAACCCACUAUAUUCCAUUUCUUCUUUUUCCAAUCGGUCCAAAACUAUUCCUUUUCAAUUUUAAUGUUAUCAAAGUUAAAAAUUUUAUUAAAUUCUUUUCUAUUAAAUUAAGUUCUUCUGUGACAUCUAUUCCAUAUAUGGCAUCAUCGUCUCUUCUUUUGUUGCCAUGCCCUUUUCUUUUGUUGCUGCGCCUAUUAGUUCAAUUUUAAUUGUUCCAGUUUAUUUCUUCUUUCUUUCCAUCAGUAAAACCUCCAGUCGACAGAUUGGAUAUCUCCAGAGUCAGACCUCCUUGAUUGUUUCCAAAAUAAUCCAAUUUAAAUAGCAAGACACAUAGUUUCUCUUUCAAGUCGCAAACAAUCCACAAUUUGCACUUUCACUUUGUCAUGGCAAUUCUCCAUUUUGGCUACUGUAUAGUUAUCCGCUUAUCUUUUCCCCUUAUUUUAAAAAGUUCCUGUUUAUUGCCUCUUCCCUCUUUUUCUCUUCAAAGAUAAUCCAUUCCCAUUUAGAAAAAAGAAAUUUUCAAAGUUUUGUAACUUUCCAAAGAAUGAUCAUUCCAAGUCAGUCAAUAAUAGCAUUAAUUCAUUUAUGGGUCUUUUCCUCCUGUAAGUUGUUUUAUUAGGUCUUCUUGCCCGAUGGUCUAUAGCCGCUAAUUAAGGCUAGGGGCUCUCUUGUAGAUAACCAUAAUUUAAGCACUGUUCCACCUGGGUUUGGUCUCACUUACCCAGCUUCCGAACACUUCACUCUUCCUUCUUCCUCCUGCACUAAGCUUCUCUGGUUGGCCCCGGCUUCGAGGCAGCCGCCAUGGCUGCCGCUUCCCUGCCGCCGGCUCAGAGGGCUUCCUCCGGCCCCAAGGAACCUGCCCGUUCCUCUCGGCUGUCCAAGGGGUCCCUCUCUUUCCCCCUGUCCCUACAGGACAGGGUAGGUCCGCAGACCUGUUGGCGGCAGCUCGACAGUCAGGGUUUUCGCAGGGCUCAUCAGAGCCCCGCUAUUUCCCUGACUGGAUUGCCACAGCGCCAAACCGGAAGUCCAUCUUUUCAUCUAUUUUCCAUUCUUUAGUAAACAUUGUAGAGAGAUACAUAAACUCAUUUACUUUGUCUAAUUUUAGUAAUUAGGUAUGAAUAACAAACAUGCCCUAAACACAGCUUCCUUGACUGUUAAUGCAUCCAUUUUAAAAUCUAUGCUGUUAAUUCUGUCAGCCUACUCACCUAACAUUUGCUGCAAAACUUUCAAACAUGUUGCCAACCAAUACACUUCAAGGAUUCCUUAUACAGUACAAUUAUCCAUAAAUAUAGUAAAAGAAGAAUGAGUCACCAGCCCGUUUAUUCUGACACAUACUUUUCUUUCAUCACUCCUCUUACCACAUUCACCAAUCAACUUUCAAAUCAUCCAUGAUUUAAAUGUAUUCACUUUAUUAGAUACUUUCUCUAAAUCAGUGUAUAAUGUAUUUCUUUUUUAUGUGUUUCUGUUUCAUAUUUAUGCAUUUCUUAAUGGCCUGAUAAAAGCUGGUUGCUCACUGCUUGCCUAGCAUAAAGCUGGAUUGCUUAUUGUUGUGUCUCCUAGCUUUUCAAUUAGAAUUCUCCAAAACAUUUUCCCAAAUACACUUAAUAAAUCCCACCAUAAAUGUGUUACUCAGUCUUGCUAUUCUUUCCUUGAAGGAAAGUAGUAAUAACAACAUGCAUCCAUUUAUCAAACUCAGAUGCAGCCUUCCCAUUAAAUGAGCCAGCCAUUCUGUAGGCAAACUAUACCUGUGUUUUAAGAUUUAUACCACCUAUACUUGCAUUUUUUACCCUUUUUCAACUGUGAGUAUUUAUGAUAGCCUUUUUUUUAUCAUUUUUCUUCUUGGAACACUACUAUUUAUAUUUCAAGAUAUAUGUGAUUUCAUUAAGAAUUUUGAUUAUAAUAAUUUCUAAUACAAACUAAAAGACAGAAAAUGAAUAGAAAGAAGUAAAAAGUGCAAAAAAAGAAAAAUGUAAUAAAGAAUAUAAUAAAGAGAAAAAUAUAUAAAGAAAUGUCUUCCAACCUUCAUCACAAGUAUAAAGAAAUGUAAUAACUCUUAAUCCACUCUGAGGCUAUAAACAUUUAUCUCUUCAUCCCAUAUACCAUCUAUAUCUUAUCUAUAACCAAAUCCAUAAAACACCAUAUUUUCAAUCCUCAUGUCAACACUAAGUGUAUAAAGUGUUACUAGAGGUGUAACCUUGUUCUUGAAUCUUAUGUUCCUUCCUUUUACUUCAAACAAUUCUAAUUUUUAGUUUAGUUCUAAUAUUGUUGGAUUUGAUUUCUCUUCAUUUAUUCUUUGUCUGAUUGCUAAGAGUUGUUUAAGGUUUUAACAAGCCUGUUUUGUAAGUCAAGUAGGAAAACAAAAUCCACUCACUCCAAGUCACUCUCUUGGUUUGUCAUUUGUAUUUCCCUUUUAAAUUUUAAAACCUCAACCAGUGUGUUUUGUAGAUCCAGUGAAACAUCCUUUUCUAGAUCAUUCUCUUGACCCGUCAGUUGUAAAUCUACUUGAGAUGCUAUCUCUAUUGGGUCAUAUAAACUUUGUUCUACAUCUGUCAUUUCUUCAGUAACAUAUUUUGGACAUAAUAUAUCCAUGAAAGUAGCCAUCAUUACUGAUAUAGUUGAUAUUGUGGCUACCAUUUUCUGAUUCCAUUAUUCAAAAGUCUCCUUCAAUAUUUUAUUAUUGUUACAACAUGUUGCAACAUUUUACAGGCUUGUAAAUCUUUCCUCUACCCAAAAACUUUAGUCCCCUCUAGUGUCCAGUUUUUGAAAUCAUGAUAUUGUUUAUCUUUCUUUUGCCUUCUAAUAAAAGAGUCUAUUUCUCAUUAACUGUGUAUUCAUUAUAAUGAAUUCCAAAAUCUUACUGCAACUGUUUCAAUAGUCCAAUUUUAUCUAGCCCGUUAGCCCAUUUAUUCCUUUUGUUUUUCUCCAUAUGCAUAUUAUACAGUAUCUUUCAUCUGUAAUUUUGCAGCAGUCAUUAUUUUAUGUGAUUUUUGUUUGCCUUUGUGACUUCUUAAUUUCAUUUAGCAUUCUUCUGCAUAAUUCCAUUAGCAGACUUCCACAUACUUUUGUAAUUCUUUUCUCUUGGUUCCCAUCAGCUUCCACAUCUUAUUUUAAGUCUUUUUGUGGUUAUACUGUUUGAAGAGUAAACUACCUUUCACACAGAACUUGUACUUCCUCUUCUUGCAGGUCAGAAAAGGGAAGGAUAAAGGACAGUGUUGUUUACUAACAAUCUUUUAGCCAAUUUUGUACGUUGAUGUAGAAAGAUUGUAUGUCUUCAGGGAAUAAUAGCCUGAAGAGAUGCAAUUCAGGGAAAGUGUUACUGCUUGAUUUUGCUCAUUGUAUAUAUGGCCUCAUCAUGGGUAUUCAAAGUAUGCUUCCACAUUUUUUUAAUAUAAGCCUAUAAAGGAAACUUUACAUCAACAUUCAGAAAUUAGAAGUUUAGCUGAUCAGACACUGUCUAGCACAUUUAGUAUUUACUUCGUGAUGCAGAAUUACAAUAGGGUUCUUCUUGUGGUUUUUUUUUUUU